AUGUUUUGGCGUAUAUUGCCUUUUAAACGAUUAAUUACCGCUGUUUGUGUAAAAUUUCCUGCUAUUCCUUAUCGAAGUCCAUGUGUAUCUAAUAAGUUAAACUUAUUUAACACUCCCCUGUGUUUAAGUCGAUCUUUUUCAACUAAAUCUGACAACAAGCACGAAUCCAUUAAUCUUUCUGAGUCAUCUUCUAACAACGAUCGCUAUAUCGCAGUCUUCACUUGUAACAUAUGUAACCAUCGCAGCGCAAAGUCAUUUUCUAAGCAAGCAUAUAACCACGGAAUAGUGUACGUGAGGUGUGAAAGUUGCAAGAGCUUGCAUCUUAUCUCGGAUCAGCUAGGGUGGUUUGGGGAUAAACAGAACAUCGAGGAGAUCCUAUCUCGGAAGGGCCACCAGGUUUCAAAGAUGGAGCUAGGCCAAGAUGUGAGUGAAAGCGACCUCGAACUGAUAGCUAGUCUUAAGGACAAUAAAUAUUUUAAGCAAUAA